GCGACGCAAUUAGGCAAACAAAAAUCACCAUGAAGACCGCUGUCCUCGCUUCUUUCCUCGCUUCGGCUGCUGCCUUUGCUCCGGCCUCCAACAAUGGUCGUUCGGCUACCAUGCUUUUCGAAGAUGCUGCUGCCGCCGAACCGGAAGCCAAGUAUGUCGCCAGUGAGUCUCUUCCGUUCAUGGAAUACCCUCCCAACCUCAAAGGAUACGUCGGUGACGCCGGAUUCGAUCCCUUCCGUUUCUCUGAUUUUCUCCCUAUGGAUUUCCUCCGUGAGGCCGAGCUCAAGCACGGACGUAUCUGUAUGAUGGCCACCGCUGGGUUCGCGGCAGUCGAUCUAGGUCUUCGGGUUUACCCGCUCCCGGAAGGAUACGAAGGCCUCACAUCGGUCACUGCUCACGAUGCGCUCGUCAAGCAGGGUGGUAUGGGUCAGAUGCUUCUCUGGUUUUCCUUCCUUGAGAUCUUUGACACAGUGGCCGUCAUUCAGAUGCUCAACGGAUCCGGCCGCCGACCUGGCGAUUUUGGAUUUGACCCCGCCGGGUUCCUCAAGAAUGCCGAUGCCAAGAAGGAAGAGGAUAUGAUGCUGAAGGAACUCACCAACGGACGUCUUGCUAUGUUGGCCUUUAGUGGUAUGGUCACACAGGCGGUGUUGACCCAGGGUCCUUUCCCCUACGUCUAAGUCGUCGACGUAGUGACAGUGCGCGAGCGAUUGGGAUGCCACUCAGCGCUCUCCACAGUUCGGCUAACUGUAAGCUCUAUUAUGGAACAGUAAUAUUGCCACUCUUAUGCUGGUAGAUGAUGUUUAAUUCGUCGUAAGGUAGUU